AUGCUAUCAUCAUCAUCAUCAUCAUCAUCAUCAUCAUCAUCAUCAUCAUCAUCAUCAUCAUCAUCAUCAUCAUCAUCAUCAUCAUCAUCAUCAUCAUCAUCAUCAUCAUCAUCAUCAUCAUCAUCAUCAUCAUCAUCAUCAUCAUCAUCAUCAUCAUCAUCAUCAUCAUCAUCAUCAUCAUCAUCAUCAUCAUCAUCAUCAUCAUCAUCAUCAUCAUCAUCAUCAUCAUCAUCAUCAUCAUCAUCAUCAUCAUCAUCAUCAUCAUCAUCAUCAUCAUCAUCAUCAUCAUCAUCAUCAUCAUCAUCAUCAUCAUCAUCAUCAUCAUCAUCAUCAUCAUCAUCAUCAUCAUCAUCAUCAUCAUCAUCAUCAUCAUCAUCAUCAUCAUCAUCAUCAUCAUCAUCAUCAUCAUCAUCAUCAUCAUCAUCAUCAUCAUCAUCAUCAUCAUCAUCAUCAUCAUCAUCAUCAUCAUCAUCAUCAUCAUCAUCAUCAUCAUCAUUAUGUUGGAUCUUUCAAAAUGUCUGUCAAUCUGUUUAUAAAAGCUUUCAUAGAAAUAGCCUACCAAUUAGUUAUGUCAUGCAUUCAUUACUGAUUCUAAUUAAUAGACAAAAAUUUCUUGAAAUCGUACAAAUUAUCAAUUAUAAUUGUAAAACCAUUAAAUGA